GACUCCAGCCCCCAGUGUCCUCCUCUACUUCCUGCCUGCCAUAACUUCACUGUACACAUAACACAGCAGGACGGCGUUCACGCUAGCUGCUGCUCACACCUGAUGAACGCAAAACCGCUCGGGACUGGUCAUGACGCAGCAGGAGCAGCAGGAGUUUAUGGAGAGCCUGGAGGCAGCCCUCUCCUGGAUGCGGGCCGUCCAGGAGAGGCUGAAGGCCAACGACAACACCCAGGGGCCCCGUGAUGCCCUGGAGGGACGACUCAAAGAGACAGAGAAAAUCCAUCAGUCGGAGCACGAGGGUCGAGUUAAGAUGGACAUGGCGCUGGUGGCAGCUGAGAACCUUUUGCAGAGCAGCGAUGAAGAGCUGAGGAACCACACCCACGCCAAGCUCAAAGACCUGAAAAGCCUGUGGGAGGAGACCUGCACCUAUAUCAUCCACUGUCACAGUCGCAUCGAGUGGGUGUGGCUCCACUGGGGCGAGUACCUGAAGGCGUGCGAGGAGUUUGAGCUGUGGCUGACGCGGCAGCAGCGCGGCCUGGAUGUCGGGGUGGAGCUGCAGCUGGGGGUGAAGGAGAAGCUCUGGCAGGUGGACCAGCAGAGGGUGGUGGUGAGCGACAUCCAUGGCCAGGCGGCGCUGCUGGAGAGGCUGCUGGACGAGGCUGCCGCGCUGCACAACCGAACCCAGGACCCCAGUGUGGAGCCCCAGGCCCAGGAGAGGCUGCAAGAGGCCUACAACGACGUGCGAGACAGAGCAGAGGAGCGUCUGUCGCUGCUUCAGAAGAUGGCGGAGGAGCACCAGACGUACCAAGGCUGCGUUCAGAGGUUCCAGUCCUGGCUGCUGUCAAAGACCAAGGAGCUAACUGAUCUGAUGGAGAGGGAGGAUACAGCCGAGAACAAGCUCAAAGCCUUACAAGCUCUGGACGACAGCGUUGCCGGCGAGGAGAAGACCCUGCAGCAUAUCGAGGGGGUGGCCGAGGCGGUGCGGGGCAAUACCUCUCCCUCCGGAGCGGAGGUGGUGGUGGAGGAGGCCGAGGAGCUGAGGCUGGGCUGGCACAGGCUGAGGCAGGGCCUGUGUGAGACGGAGGAGGGCCUGCGCUCCAACCUGGACUCCCACAGUCAGUACAUGGCCAGAUGCAUGCGGCUGGGAGAAGACAUCGGCCACCUCAGGGUGCUGCUGCAGGGGCUGGACCAGGAGCUGGAGGAGGGCCGCGAGGCAAGGGACCGCACCGACCGCACCGAGGAGCAGAUGGUGGGCCAGUGGAGGAAAUACACCGGUGUGAGGAAUACUCUGGCAGGGGAAGAGUCGCAAGUGGAACUACUCAAGGCUCAGCUCAAGGAGCUCUUCAGGUUCUCGGAGGACUCGCGCCACCUUUCAGAUGAUGUCUUAGCUGUUGUCAAAGAACAUCAGAGUGUGAAAUGCAGAGUGACGAGGCUGUGCUCAGAGUCCGAGUCGGGGCUGAGAAACAUUCUCCAGGAUCCGCUGCUGGUCUACUCACAGUGGAGCCAUAUGGUCUCUCAGGUUCUGGAGGCUUCUGCUGAGGUUACGGACUUCUCCCACAUCGCCAUGUUGGUCCAGACCAUUGAGCGUCUGCUGAAGGACAGUGUCCAGUUGCAGGAGCGUUUCAGUCUGCUGCAGGUGAAGGGGGACCUGCUGGACUCGGUCUUCGGUCCCGAGAGGUCUGACGGCUUGCAGGGUGAGCUGAGUUCUGCCGUCAGGAACCGAGAGCUGCUGCACACUCAACUGCUGCAGAGGAAGAGCAGGCUACAGGGCUUAAUCUCAAGAACCAAGGACUUUGGUGACGCCGCAGAGUUGAUUCGCUCCCGGCUGGCCAGCCACUGGGACCAACUGGUGGCAGCUGACGGCCUCCAGCCUGACAUCCUGGCUAAGAAAAGCCAGUCCGACCAGUUCAGGGUGAUCCAGAAGGACCUGGAGGACUGUGAAGCCCACAUCACAGCGCUGGAGACGCUGGUCUCAUCCAGUCAGAGCAACAGGACUCAGUUUGAGAGGCUCUAUGCUGACUGGAAGCAUUUGCACAAGGCAGUCAGGGUGAAGCUGCGUGAGAGUGAGGAGAGCAUCGCAGACCACGAGAGCUUUCACGACAGCCUGCUGAACAUUGAGAAGUGGCUGAUGAUCAUGAAGCAGAAGCUGGAGUCUUUCCACAGCCCCUCGGGAGAGUGGAGCACUGAGGGCCGCCAGCACGAAGCUGAGAGAGCACUGGGAGAGUUUCCAGAGAAGGAGCUUCAGCUGCAGCAGAUGGAGGUCCAGGGUCAGGGGGUUUUGGAGAGGACUUCAGAAGAGGGACGGGUCCACAUUCUGCGAGACAUAAAGCGCCUACGCGAGUCCUGGUUGGCCCUGUACAAUAUGAGUCUCAAUCUUCACAGACUGCUGAACAGCUCCACAGAGCAGAUAGAGACUGACUUUUGGAGUGUUGAAGGCCAGUCUGUAGACAGCCCAUCCCUAACAACAAAAACAACAACAAAAUUUAGUCUGGGGGAGGGAGACAGUCUGCUCAGGACAGGAGACUCCAGGAGCCAGAGAGGCCAACAACAAGACAAGCCAGCUGAGCUGUAUGAAGCCUUGGCUGGCUCUGCACCUGGAAGAGAAGGAAGCCUGGAGGGACAGGCAGCAGAGGGGGUGAUGACAGGGCAGGGCUGUUUGAUCCAGGGCCAUGGUGAAGGUCUCUUCGUUCUGGCUGGACAAGACCAUAAACGACUAAGCCCAUCCUGGACAGGCAAGCACAGUGGACGCUCCUUUAAAGGAGACCAAGUAGAUUCCUCUGCUUGGGGCAUUUUCAGCAGAGCGAGUCAGAAAGGUUCCAAAGACUCUGUCGCAGCUGGUAGCACCAACAGUGAUGAAUCAACAGGGGGCGGCAGCAGCAUCUUAGCCGGAGACAGAGGGGGAACAGCUUUAACCACAAAGGGGGGCACAGGGCGGUACAAAUCCAUGAAGAGGGAGUUUGAGGCCUGGCUGUCCAAACAGAAUGAACUCCUCUCAGGGAUCCUCUGCACCAAGGGAGCAACACCCAACGCCAAAGAACUCAAGAUCCGACAGGACACACUCAAGGCUCUGAGGGCAGGUGUGGCCGGGGGUCAGGAGCAGUUCCAGCUGUUGCUCCAGGAGAGUCUGGGCAGCGAGGCUGGUUCUGGACCGGCAGAGGACGUGGGUCUGGAGGAACUUCGCUACCGCUGGAUGCUCUACAAGUCCAAACUGAAGGAUGUGGGAGAGGUCAGGGCCAGGGCUGGUGGCAAGAGAGUCCAAGCCGAACAAGAGGAGCCGCCCGUCGCUGCAAAGGUGCAAAAGAAGCCCGGCUUGUUGCAGCGGGUGUGUCGGCUGGCUCUGCCUCUGUGGCUCCUGCUCCUGGCUCUGCUGCUCCUGGCCUUCCUGCUGCCCCUCAUGGACCACGGCAACAGCUGCUCCCUCUCCAACAACUUCGCCCGAUCCUUCAACAUCAUGCUCCGUUACGACGGGCCACCGCCCACGUAGGAAAACCUCCUCGGAUGGAGUAAUAUCUUAUCUCGCUCUCUACAGAAACGUGCGAUGCUUUAAUAGACCGUGGCUUAUGUAGGAAAUGUUAACCACUGUCCUUUGAUCACAAACCUUCAGUCCAAUCCAAAGGAUUUGCAACAAAACUUUUACUAAUUUUUACAAAAGGACUCCUUUUAAUAUCAUCUCUACUAGGAUGGACCACAAUCUGUGAAGGAACACAAAACCUAGAAAAGCGUGCAAACAACCGUUCUACACAUUCUAGACCUUAAUGUCAGCUCUGCUGAGUCUCACAUCCUUUGCUUCAUUGCAGUUUACAAAACAUGAUUUGUUAACUUUUAAACUAUCUAUCACAAAGAGUAUACAAAGGUCCAAUCGGACUACGAAUCCAAUGUUCAUUCUAAGAAUUUCAAAGUAUUAUAACCAGCCUGCAGAAGCUGCAACAUCUGUUAACCAAAGUCAUAUUUUGUCAUCUUUUAUUGGCAUGUCUUCCCAAUAUGGUAGUUUAUCUAAUGGAGACAAAAUGAUCUUCCUCGAACCUUUUUAAUAACUUUGUUUUAAUAAUACCUAAUAUAACCCAUUAUCAGGGCUUGCUUGAAGUCACUUUACAUAUAUUUUUCUUGGUAUUACUACUUACCAAUUUUAUCAGUUUUAACAAGUAUCUUUGUUGGUUAUAACAACGUUAUAUCAUUUAAACCUUCUUGUUAUUACACAAAAACAACAAAUCUCAUUCAAACAUUAAAUGCUUCUCAUCAGACUAGAAACAUAAAAAUCAUAGUUUUCGUGCAAAUAAGUGGUAGUCGAUUAAUUUCCUACAUGGUAUAUGCAACCCUGGGGAAACUUGAUUACUCAUGUUACGUCUAGGAUUAUACCAGAGCUUGGUUUUACUCGUUCAUUUGAAAACAAGAAAAGCUAACCAUUUAGCCGCCCGACUGAAGGUUCAAGGCCUACCUGCGUGCUAAUGCUUGACGUGUCCUCAGCUUCGACGCUGGCCAGCCCACUCCUCUCCACUCAGUCAGUCGGUGCAGCGGCAAACAGCGUUGACACUCAGUUGACAAUUAAUUUGUUAGACAUUCACAAGGCGGACAUAACAUUAACACAAACUCCGCGGGAAAACAUCACAACAAGGCAGAAAACAAUCCUCUUCAGUGAGCUGUUCCACCGCAACACGUGUUCUCUCAUGUCUGCUUCACUUCCGCUUUUCAGCCCUGUGAUUCAUAUAAGCCACACCCACGUCAGCCUGGCGGCCAAUAGGAACCAACAGGUGGAUUAUGAGGUGACACUAUACACAGGGUGAGAGAUGCUCAGCCAAAGUCAAUCGGUCCGUAUAAUGUGGAACACGUACCAGGAGAUCCAAACCAAAGACUACAGCAACAGACUUGGACAUGACACUGUUGAAAUAUAUCUCUAAUUCCACCCUGCAGUGGUACCAACAUACACUCCCUGAGGUAAAGCAAUGCUUCAGCUAAUGCUGUGCUAAUAUGUAGCAAUGUUAAAUAACUAGUUUGCAAAGAAUUACAAAGUGCAGCUUUAUAUUUUAAAUGGUUAUGUUUCAUCUUUUUUUACGAUUCUAAGGUAAAAAGAAAAAAAAAAAGACAUUGUGUGUUCCUAGUAUUAUGAAGUCAACCAGGGCUGUCACUGUGUGUUCAUACUGAGAGCCGCUUGGCUAAUGCUAACCCUUGUGUUGUGACUGUGAGAGAAAGCGAGGAAGACCUGAUACUGCUUUUUCGACCAGCUGACCGUUUGUAACAUUGAACUAAAAUGGAUCAUGGAUCAAUUUAUUUCUAUAGUUUGUAGCUGUCUUGACCAGAUGACUUCGCUAUUGGCUGUUGAAACAGAUGACUCGACCAGUCCACCAUCAGCUGGCUUGAGUCGAGCGCCAAAGUCCUGAGCUUAUCUGAUUGAGGGUUUCUUUCAACGAGUCUGGCUGAAAAAGUGAAACAGUUUUUGAUCAGGUUGCUCACGGUGUAGACACACACGUGGGCCGCUCAUUCAGUAACAAUUUAGUUGAAGUGGUAACAUGAAGAUUCAUAAGCCCAUGAUAUAAUCCUUACUCUUACAAUGUUGGAUUAUGUCAACCUCAUCCAGUGCUCUGAAUUCUAGUUAAGAAGGACGUUUCAAUAUUAGUUUAGCAUUUGCAGAAUGUACUUUAAAGAACCAAAAAUGCUCCUUAGGUUGAUUGCUGUCAGUAUAAUAUUUUUGGGGAAUUUUAGGCCUUUAUUAUAUAGGACAGCUGAAGAUGCGAAAGGGAAGAGAGAGGGGGAAUGACAUGCAGCAAAGGGCUGCGACAAGGACUGAGCUUUUGUACAUGGGGCACACGCUCUACCAGGUGAGCUAUCCAGGCGUCCCGGUCAGUAGAAUAUUUGACAGUACAUGGUCAAAGUUCUUCUGUGUUCUUGCAUGUAAGUUUAAGAUUUCCAAUCUUUUAUUUUUAUCCUGUUGGCACGGAUUUCCUGACUGCUAAUCUGCCACUAUUGAUGCAGUAAUAAGGUGUCCAUGAUCUUGUUUUUCUGUUCUUUUCUUUUUUUAACUGGACAAGCAUCUCAUGAGAGCUGUUCAACUGCUUCUCUCUUCUGAAGGUGCAACUUUGCAACAACACGAUCAGCCUAAACCACCAGUGAAACCAGUUAGAAAGCCCCUGACAUUCUCUCGGAGCACAAUGUACUCCUGAUGCCAGUGCUCGAGCUGUAAAACUUAACAACUUUAUUUUUUUGUGCAAACCCAAAAUAAUCACUCUCUCUUUUCACUCCACACACACACCCCUAAAAAUACACCCAAACACCUCCACACACCUUCACACACACCCACAGCUACUUUCCCUUUUUUGGCUGUGUUUGUGUGUAUGAUUUGAUUUAGCAUGUUGCUAUGGCAACAGCGGCCAAAUCAAGUGAAUGUGUGACUUCACAAGUACUCCGGUGUAAGAGCCAUGUUGUAUUGUUUACAGUUUUAGUGCUUUUUUAGCUGCCAUACUUCUUAUUUAAUGUUGAAUUCAGCUUUUGCUUGGGAAUGAAAGUGCACAGGUGAAGACACAAAGAGGUUACAUUUUAACUUCAUUAAAUCGUCACAAUUCUGGUUCAGGCAGACAUGAAAGUAUAACUCCCAGGAAUAAAAUGAAAACCUAACAGCCGGGGGAUUUUGUCAUGGCACAAAUCAGAGUGAGGGCGCAGUUCUUUUCCGCACAAAAGAAUGCUGUGUUCACAUUAUGGCAGAAAGCAAAGUUUAGCUUUUAAUGGGCGAUACUGUCUAUCAUCCUUUAGGUUCAGCUGUUAGGUAUGGAACCAAGUUCCCUUUAAAUGAUGUUUGCCUCAGUCUCUAGCGCUGCUCUAACGUACUUUUAAGCUUCCUUUAAAUCCUACUGAUACAGAACAUGACCUGGCCUUACAUUGUAUCUGCUUAGGCUAAACUACAGUCUCUCUCAGUAACUUAGGGUUCCUUGAGUUGGGCCCAUGACACAAGUUAUUAUAUGUAUUAGUAGCGUUAAGUUUUAAAACUGUUCAAAUGUCUUUUGUUCACACAUUUGGUAACGUUCACAUAGUUUUCUAUAGGUGUUUGCAAUCAUAAUUAUUCCAGGUAUUUAGAACAGUUAUAAAACUUACAAGCAGGGGCAGAGCCAGACGUGAUCAUUCAGGGCUCAGCCUAAAUAUAGGGGGGUCCGGGUGCAUGCUUAAUUUAUGGCAGCAAUAUGCACUAUUGUUAGUUUAAGACAUUUGACAAAAAAAUUGAUAAAACCUGUACAUCAUUUGGAAAAAACAUGAUAGUUGCCAUUUGUAUCUAACUGUUCUCCAACUGUCUUCAUCGUUCUGAAACAAGAACACAACAUAUGUUGAGGAUGAAUUAUUUUCACUCCUGCCUGCCUUUUUUAAAAUUACAUAACAUAGGUAGGGUAGGAAUUUGGUGUGAACAGCAUUAUUAAUCUUAAAAUGAAGGGCGAUACUGCCCCAAUAAUAUAACUUUAACUCCAUAGAUUUGCCGGUCGUGUCGCAGUCACUGAGGGGAAAAUGACACAAAGUUGAAGUUAUUUUAAAAACCUAAAAGAUUUGAGGCUUUUGAGAAAACAUUGGGGGCUGGAGCCCCAGAAGCCAGCCCCCUCACUCCGCCCCUGCUUGCAAGUAGCUAAAAAAGUUGCAUCACAUAUUAAUGCAGACAUACACUUACCAUGGCCUUAAAGCUUUGUGUGUACCCUCCAGUUAAUCAGCUGUACUCAGUGCCAUAACUUUCUGUAUUUAUUCAGUAUAUCACUUUAUAAAGCACUCUCAUGUACUAUAUACCAGUUAAUAACUAAGUUUAAGUAUAUGGUUUUGUCUUGUCAUGUGUGUUAAUGCUGCAUUGUAAACUCAAUCAAUGAUCACUGCCGCUUAUUGCGAAGCCCUUCUGUCUAUUAUGCAUGUGUCGCUUCAAAGCCUAUGCAAUGCCUGGCUCAAAUCCUACAUUGUGUCCAUUGUUACCUUAUGCAACAUAUGAAACGACUUGAAUCUCCUGAGCACAACUGGUCCUUUACACAUACUGUGCAUGUGUGGCAAACAUACAGCAGAAAAGCUGCCAGAAUAGUUUGAGUACACUUGUUAUGCAAAAAAAAUGUCCUAAAUGCCAGUGUCUGCUCUCAGAUCGAGGUGUUCAAUAUGAAAAUAUGCAGGUCAUGAUUGACAAAUGAGAGCUUUUUUAAGUCUAUUUUAUAAAUUUUUUGAAACGGAGAACAAAAUGUCAUAUUAUUCAAGAGUGCUCGUAUUUAACCAAUGUUUGUUUUUUUAUUCUGAUGAAAUAAAAAUGCAGUUUGAAUAUUU